CUCAAGCAGUAGCUAGUCAUAUCUUUCUUUGUUCAUAUAUCAUAUUCUCAGUAUCCUAUUGAUCAAGUUGCCUCUUCUCCUGCAGAGACUCUUGUGUACUGAGAAGUUUUAUUUUAGUAGUCUUAACAUUGUUAUUUCGCUUUUCACUUGGGUUUUUUGCUCUCUUUCGGUUGUAACCGCCUUCGCACGGCUUGUGUGCCUUUUUAUUUAGUUACCUUUUCCGAUCAAACAAAAUCAUGAAGAGUGCUAAUGUGAAUCUUGUUCGUUUGUUAUCAGUAUUGUCUUUCUCAUCUCUAUUGUUUUUGACAGUAUCUGCACAGAUAGAUAAAAGAAAUCCUACACGAACACGCAAAACGAAUUCAACUGAUGCAAUGGCGAUACAGUUGUUAGUAGAUGCUUUUACUUUCUUUCUUCGGGCAUCAGUCGGUGAUCCAUGUCUUCCUGUGCCGUAUUCAUGGGUUAAGUGUAGCUCCGAUGAUACCCCUCGAAUAACAGAAAUAAAUCUAGCUAGUAAGUCGUCUGGAUCAGUUCUGCCUGACUUUAGUGCCAUGGAUGCACUUGAAAAAAUAGACUUGAGCAACAGUAUGCUCUACGGGAUGGAAUUUCCUGAUUUUCUUGCCAACUUUCCCAAACUGAAAGUAUUGAAUUUGGAACGUGUUCCUUGGAGUGGGACAAUACCUACUUCAUUAAAGAAAAGGUCGGACAAUAAAACGCUAAAAUUGACGCUAUCACCAAAGUUGACAAAAAUGUGUUAUUCUGACGAAGACGUAUGCCCGCCGGGAACGGAGAUUGAGACAGGAAUAGGAACAGAUGGGGAAACGUUUACCACUAGUUUUGAUGGGACGCCAUCGAGAAAGAGUCGUAAAAAGAAAUCGGUGCCAAUUUUGGUCGGAAUUAUAAUUUUCGUGAUUUUCUGGGGUGUCGUUGGAUUUGCCAUUGCCAACCGUCGGAAGAGAAAGGCUUCUGCAGCAGCAGGGCAAAUGAAUGAGACCCCAGGGCUGGGAGUGCCCACGAACACAAAUACGUCGAGUCCCAGUCCAUUACUGCCUGGAGUGAACUACCAAGACCCUCGGGUUGCGACGCAAUGCAUUAUGCCUGGAGAUCAUCUGGGAGUAACGGUUGACCAGAAAAUGCGCCUGGAGGUUCCAGCUUAAAUUGAAGUCAAUUAUUCUGAAUCUUUUAUAAUCUUUGAAUAUUUUUAAGGAUCGAAUUGAGUGCUUAUAUAUUUGUGAAGCUUAUUGAUGAGAAAGUAUGGCGUAAUAGUUAGUAACGUCUGAGUGUUUGGUUGUGCAUUUGCUGAAAUUAAUGUACUAUUUUACCAUGGAGACAAAAGGAUGGUAAAACUUUCACUCAAAUAGAUAACACUCUUUCCGUGUCUGAAAAA